CCAUGCAUUCGUAGAUUGUGUACCAGCGACAAGUGAGGAUCCCAAAUCAAUGGAUCCUCCGUCAACCUUUGUCUCCACUAAUUGAAAGAUGAACAGAAAAACAAGCAUUAAUGAGGCCAUGAUCACAAGCUAUACGGAUAAGUCUUGGCGGAUGCACGGAAAAGGUCAAAGAAUCCACGGAAAAGGUCUAAUGAGUGUUGUCUACUUUUCUUCGGGAAUAUUCGUUGUGGGCCAUGAAUCUACCGUUAGCAACUUCACAUUUUUUCCACACGCUUUCUGGAUUAGGGUAGACUUGACUGAAUUCCUGUACAUUGGUAGUAAAUAUAUUCAGGUGGGAAGGCGAAGGGGGUCAACUAGCAGUCAAGAUAAAAAUAUCGAUCUAUCAUUUUACUUCAAUUCGGUUUCUUCUUAUUUUGCUGAUUUGGUGCUCUUAAUUAUAGCAUCUCACUCUCACCUCUCUAAUAUGGCCUUCAUGUUACUUAUCUUCCUAAGACUAUUCUUUGUUUUAGUAAUUACCCAAGGAUCUGACUUCACCUCCUCUAAUAUUACCUUAGGUUCCUCAUUGAUCCCAGACACAAACCCUUCAUGGCGCUCACCUUCUGGCCUUUUUGCAUUUGGUUUCUACCGGCAAGAUGACGGUUUUGCAGUUGGGAUAUGGCUCGCAAGCAAAUCAGAAAUCACAGUUGUUUGGACUGCAAAUCGUGAUGACCCACCCGUCUCUACAAACAGUAGUAUUGAGCUCACCGGAGAUGGUUGGUUGCUUCUCCACACUACUGACGGUGAGGAUAAAAACAUCACAAGUCAGAGUUUUCAGGCGACCUCAGCUUCUAUUCUGGAUUCGGGUAAUUUUCUACUCUACGAUCAAUCUAGUGUCAUAUGGGAAAGCUUUGCUUACCCUUGUGAUACAAUAUUAGGAGGGCAAAAACUAGCUAUAAGGGAUCAGCUAGUCUCUAGUGUCUCCGCUUCUCAGCACACGAGUGGAAAGUUUUUUCUUCGUAUGCAGGAUGAUGGAAACCUUGUGGCUUACCCUCUAAUAAAGACCAGAGGCAGUGAUGACUCAUACUGGUCCAGUGGAACGCUUUAUUCAAAUUAUGAGUCAUUGAACCUCAGCCCUACUGGGUCUCUGUCCAUGGUGGGGUUUGGUGUCACAGAGAGGGUAUUGAAUUCAACAAGGAGCCUAGAGUCGAGAAAGAACGUCGACACAGUAAUCUUCCGUGCUACUCUCAAUUGGGAUGGUAACUUUGUUUUGUAUUCCCACAGAUUCACAAGCCCCUCAAGUAACUUGACUAGCAUAAUGAAAACGGAAUGGGCAGCCUUACAGGAUCCGUGUGAUGCCAAAGGAAUAUGCGGUUUUAACAGUUACUGCAGUUCUAGCACUUCCGGAAAUUUUCAGUGCCAUUGCUUUCCUGGUUUCUUAUUUGUCAACGGGACAAGAAAUGUCACGUCCAACGGCUGUUACAGAAACUUCACCGACGAGGAAGCCUGCAACCGGAAACCAGGGCUACAACUUUCCUACAAUAUUACUGUAUUGGACAAUAUGAUGUUGCUUGUACACUACGCUUACAGCUCGGUGAUGAAUCUUAGCAAGGAAGGCUGUCGCCAAUCUUGCUGGGAUGACUGCAACUGCUGGGCAGGUCUGUAUGCAGAAGAUGGUAGUUGCAAAAAGCUCAAGGUUCCCAUCGUUUAUGCAGUGCUUAGUAAAAGCAGGUUAACCACAGUCUUCAUUAAAACUAGUUUCCCAUAUAAAGAAGUCAAAGAACCACAGUUACGAGGCUCAAGGAACAUAGAUGUAAUCGUGGCUGAAAGGAAAAAACUUGUUUCCAUUCUAGGCAUAACACUUGGUUGCAUUGCUCUUAUGUGUUCGGUGUUGGCAUUCUCUGCUUUCUUCUUCUACAGAGUGCAUGCUCAUAGGUACCAAGCGAUAUCAGAAACUGUUGAUAAUGGGUUUUAUAGAGAUCAUUUUUCUCUACGAGCAUUCUCAUUCGACGAGCUUCAGAAAGCAACAGAUGGUUUUAAGGAAGUGAUAGGCAGAAAUUCUUAUGGGGAAGUCUAUAAAGGCUUUAUUUCAGAUGGCAGCAAGGCUGUUGCUGUGAAGAGACUGGAAAGGAUGUUUGAAGGAGAAGGACGGUUUCGAGCAGAAAUUACUGCUAUUGCUCAAACUCAUCACCGCAACUUGGUCCGUUUACUUGGUUUCUGCAUACAGGGAGCUACAAAGCUACUUGUUUAUGAGUUUAUGAGCAAUGGCUCACUGGAAGAUGUUCUCUUUAACGCGGAAGCACCACCUGGAUGGAAAGAACGUGUCAGAGUGCCACUGGAUGUGGCAAGAGGAAUCUUGUAUCUUCACGACGAGUGUGAAGCUCGUAUAAUACACUGCAAUAUAAAGCCUCAUAAUAUUCUGUUUGAUGAGGCUUGGACUGCUAAGAUCUCUGAUUUUGGGUUAUCAAAGCUAUUGAGGUCAAAUCAGAGCGGAACCCUCUUGAGUGUCAGUGGUGAUCGUGAUAGGGGAACAAGAGGAUACCUGGCACCUGAGUGGCACAAGAACACGUUAAUCUCCACCAAGGUGGAUAUCUACAGCUUCGGGGUUGUACUUCUGGAGAUUUUGUGUUGCAGAAAUAGUAUGGAGAUAGAUGUUCUUUCUACUUGGGUUUACAAUUGUUUUAUAGACAAAGACUGGAGUAGGCUGACGGGAGAUGAAGAAGUAGAUGUCAACAUGUUGGAGAAGAUGGUGAAAGUUGGAUUGCUGUGCAUUCAAGAUGAUCCAGAUGCAAGGCCUUCUAUCAAGAAUGUUAUCCUGAUGUUAGAAGGAACUGCUGAUAUUCCAAUCCCUCCAUCACCAACUUCUCCUCAUCUGAUCUAGUUUGAUCGUUUGUUAUCUUAAUUUUGCCUUGUGGGUUUUAUUUGAAAUACUGCUUGUUGUCAUUCAUCCAGAGACAAAGCCAUAUCCUUUCUAUUUACCAUGUAAUAAUUAUUCGAAGA